ACUCCCAAACCCAUCUCUUAGUUUGUCCGCUUCCAGAAAAUACUCGGAGUUUUUUUCACCCCUUCAACUGGUUUUGCAAGUUCAGAUUUCUCAUUUUCUUGGUUGAAUUUCAUGGUUAUUGAAGAAAAGAUAAAACUUUUAGACCAUGAAAAAAGUAACUUUUUGGUUCUCAUCUCCUGUCUUUCGUCCAUUUCCAUGUUUGGACCUAUUAGUGGAGGGCAUAAGUAUUCACAAGCUAUUGCUCUGUACACACAAGUGAUUAAGUUGAACAGUGAGAAAGUGGUGUACUGGGCUAAUCGUGUGUUUGCUCACAUCAAAUUGAAGGAAUAUUGCAGCGUAAUAGAGGACGGAGCUAAAGCUAUUGAAAUUGUCCCCAGAUAUUCAAAGGUGGUAAACUUCAAUGGUAUUGUCUUAGUUGAGUUCGUCGGGCCUCGGUGUGGGCGCUGACAAGCUCAGACACCCACAUAGGAAAUAUGGGACGAAGAGAGUACUUCAUUUAUUAAUUCUUAAAGAACGUGAAAAGUCAAGUAAUGUGUCCAAGAAAUAUAGGGGGGAAGAAGUACUUCAUUUAUUAAUUCUUAAAUAACGUGAAAAGUCAAAAGUGAACAAGUAAGAGUGCACGGAGAAAAUAAAUAUGUGUCGGAUAAUUAAAAUUGAAGUGCAUACAUGUAUGCAUGGGAAGAAAAUUUAGCAAAAACCUGAAAAGUCAAAAGUGAACAAGUAAAAAUGCACGGAGGAAAUAAAUAUGUGUUAGAGAAUUAAAUUUGAAGUGCACACAUGUAUAUAUGAGAAGCGAAUAAAUAAUCAGUACUAUGACAUAUAUCCACGUGGGAUUUAUUAAUUCUCAAAGAAUGUGAAAAGUUAAAAGUGAACAAAUUAAAGUGCAUGGAGGAAAUAAAUUUGUGUAGGAGAAUUAAAAUUGAAUUGCAUAUGUUUAUACAUGAGAAGAGAAUAAAUAUUCAGCUAGAACACGAAAAGUCAAAAGUGAACAAGUAACAGUGCACAGAGGAAAUAAAUGUGUCGGAGAAUUAAAUUUGAAGUAUAUAUGUCUAUACAUGAAAAGAGAAUAAAUAUUAAGUAAUAUGAUAUAUGUCUACGUGGAAUAUAAAUUAGUUGGUUAAAGUGUACAAUUUAUAUAACUUAUGGUACAAGCAUUCAUUGCGUGUAUAAUUUUUAAAGCUUGUGGUACAACCAUGGGAAGCUGUGUUCGUCUCUUUACCACAUUUAUAUAAUACUAGCCAUAUAUGCCUGUGCGAGCAGUGACCGAACAUGUUUAUUCACUUUAAUUAGCCAAUCUUUAAGGUUUGUAUUUUGGAAAUAACUUUUAAAAAUAUUCUAAUUGCUAUCAUAUAUAGCAAUAUAUACAAAAUGUAUUUUAUGUACCAUCACUUUAGUUAUAAUUAGAAGAUGGAGGGAAAUUAAUAUUUUGAUUCUAGAUUUUUUCUUUUAAAUUCUUUAAUAUCUUAUAUGUAUACAGACAGGUAGAUAUCCAUCCCAAUUAAUUAACUGUUCAGAUUCAAACAUAAGA